CCCAAUUUCUUCCAUAAAGAAGAAAAGCAUCAACCUUGGAUUCAGGUGGCAUAAGCUUUGUCUCCUGCAAUUUUAGUUUUCUAUUGAAUUGAUUUGCCAACAGAUUCUUUCACCUGACCAAACCAAAGCGAGAAAAUGAUUAGAGAAUGUUUUGACUCUGACAAUCUUGACUCAAUCUCUCUCUCUCUACCCCAGCAGGCAGGCAGGCAGCCUUUGACCAGAUCUCAGCCGUCCAUUAUUUCUUUAAAUUUGAUCUCUCUUGUAAUCUUUAGUUUUUGUCAAGGUUGUCAACCCGCGGGUCGACCAACUUUGACCCUGACCCGAUGAGAAAAACGGGCUGCAUGCACUCGUCGGGUCGACCGCUAUAAGGUAUCGGGUUGGAGGUCAAAUUGUGUAAUUUUUUCUUUGUUUUGCGAAAUGCGCCUAUUUUCCGAUUUUUCUUUUCGCCUAACUCAAUUUUUGGAAUCCUAAAUUGAACAUUUGAAUAUUAAUGUUAUAUAAGUGUGUGUGAAUUUUCACUAUAUGUUGAAUCUAAGUACGAAAUGUUAUUUUGGUGUAAUAUUAUAUGUUAUAACUCAUAUGUUAGAUGAGAUUUGAUAUAAUUUAUCAGGAUAAGUACAAUAUAAUGACGCUUUCCAUAUUUCUGGGCUAAACCGGGUGACCCAUUAACCCUUGACCCACUAGCUCAAUCGAGUCCGGGUCAACCCGCGGUUGACAACCUUGGUUUCUGUACUUCACUGUGGUAUGGUAUCCCUAAUCCCCACAUAUAAUAUAGCUGGAUUAUUAUCAUAAAAAUAGCCAAUUUAAAUAAUAAUAAAAGUAAUUCUUCCUUGGAAGAAUAAGAGAUCCAGUCAUCAUCCUUCUUCUUUCUUUCUUCUUCCAUCUUCCCAAUGACCAAAAGAAAAAGCCAAAGAGGAAAGAGUUGUAAUUUAUUGAUCGUCUCUCCCCCUGUUCUCUCCCUUUGUUAUGUCCUCUAAUUAUGAUCCAAUCUGUUCUUCCUCAUCUGGGUUUCUGUCCCCUCCUUCUCCCUUCCGCCACCGCCACCAUUAUCUCCGCCGCAACCACCGUCUCCACCUCCACCGCCGGCAGCUCUCCCUCUUAGAUUGGAUCCCUUCACAUUAGCCCAUGAGAAAUUGAAAACCCCAACUUCACAAAUCUCUCCCUCUCUCAAAUGCAUUAAAUUAAUCAGGAGUGGAAAAGACCUCCCCGCCAUUAAUUAACCAUUUCAUUGUCAUCCCCCGCCAUAAAUCCCCAACUGGGUUCCUAGGAGGAGGUGAAAAGCUUUCAGCUUUGAGCUGAAUUUCGGGUUUGGUUUCUGUUUUUUUUUUUUUUUGUUUCUGGGUUUUUUUUUGGGAAGGAAGAGAAAAAAAUGGGGAAUGUGACUUCCAACGUGGCGUCGAAAUUCGCCUUCUUCCCGCCGGACCCGCCGACGUACGACGUGUUGGAGGAGGAAGAAGGGAGGCUGGUGGUGCCAGGUGUCACGGCGGACAAGAACAUGGAUGUUCAUACGUUAGAUACCAAAGCUGGUAACAAAGUUGUGGCAAUGUUCUGGAAGCACCCUUUUGCCAGAUUCACCAUGCUCUAUUCCCAUGGCAACGCCGCCGACCUCGGCCAAAUGCAUGAGCUCUUCAUCGAGCUCAGGGCUCAUCUCCGAGUCAACAUCAUGUGCUAUGACUAUUCAGGGUAUGGAGCAUCCUCUGGGAAGCCCUCCGAGUUGAACACAUACUAUGACAUAGAAGCAGUGUACAACUGCUUGAAGGAUGAAUAUGGGGUGAAGCAGGAGGAAUUGAUACUCUACGGACAGUCUGUUGGCAGUGGCCCGACGCUUCAUUUGGGUUCUCGAUUGCGUGACUUGAGAGGCAUCGUGCUUCACAGCGCGAUCCUUUCGGGUAUCCGGGUGUUGUACCCUGUCAAGGUGACGCUUCCCUUCGACAUCUUCAAGAACAUUGACAAGAUUCGACAUGUCAGCUGUCCUGUUCUUGUCAUUCAUGGCACGAGUGAUGAGAUUGUCGAUUGGUCUCACGGGAAGCGCCUGUGGGAACUCGCGAAGGACAAAUACGACCCUUUGUGGGUCAAGGGUGGCGGCCACUGCAACCUUGAGACGUACCCUGAGUAUAUCAAGCACUUGAAGAAGUUCAUUAACGCGAUGGAGAAGAUCGCCAUAACGAAACCAAUGAAGCAAGCCAGUUGCGAAUCUGCUAUGGAGUCCAAGCAGAGCAAGUGCUUAAGAUUCGGUUUGAAAAGCCGUGUGGAGCAACAAUCUUAGUACUGGAAUGAGGAAGAGGAGAUUAGUUUGCGUUGCUAGGGUAAACACCAGCCAAAAUCAAGUUUUGAUUUUUGAUGUGGUUUCCUGAAGUCUCAGCAAUCCCAGCCCCAUGGUCAUAUAUUGAGAGAAAUGUUCAUGUGUAUAAGUCCAUUUUUGUCGUGGGAGUGGAGAGCCAAUACAGGGUUGGUGUCUGGUGUUUGAGAAGUGAAUUUGGGUUGCUUGUUCUGUGAGGGAAAAGGAAUCCAAUAUAGGUGUGUUGAUUGAUCAUUUAGAUUUGUUUGUGUAAUGUUAUGAAAGUUAGUCCCCUUUUUUGUUUGUUUGUAAAGAAAAGAAAGAUACAAAAUCAAAAGUGUCUUUUUGGUAUCCUCAUUUUUCCUUGCAUUAAAUUGAACUUAUUUAUAAUAUAAUGUUGAAUUUUCA